CCUUCGUGAGUAUGUGCUUCGUGACCAGCAUCAGUUGCGUCUAAAAAGCGAAUAUAGACUUCACACAGACCAUGGUUUAUAUUAAUCAACACUCUAUGUAAAAUAAGAUAUAUUUACAAAGGUACCGAUAUGCGCAUCUCGCGCAGCCCAGAUCAUCGCGAACCGAGCUAGCUUUAGUGUAUCCAGGUCAAAGGUACUAUAUAUUUUUUUGUAACAAAACAUGUUGAUGCAGACAUGCGCUUUUAGUUAGACUAAGUUAAAUGUAGCCAUUUAUCAGUACUCCGAGAUCAUGCCAAAAGAGGUAUCUUCAUCAAGCGAUGAUUCAAGUGACACGGAGGAGGUUCCGCAAAAACGGAGAAAGCAGGCUUCAAGGUAUCAGUGUCCAGCUGAUUUUGUGGCAUUUGCCYACAAACCCUGUGCCAGUACCCUCAUCGAAAGGCUUCGUGAUGACAACACAGAAUUAUGGCUAAUCAAAGCUCCCAGCGGUUUCAGCCCGGACAGAUAGGCAACCCCUCUUUCCAUUUAUUUGAAUUAUCAUAGAAGCGGCAUGAUUCACUUCUAAUAACAGACSGGGAAAUAUCUAACAAAGUCCUCAGCAUUUCUCUGUCUGUUAUUAGAAGUGAGUCACUGUCCACUUCCAUUGCUUUACACCCACAUUGUCUACAUCUGGUGUGCCUCUUAGCACACUGUCUGACUGUCAUCUCUCUCUCCCCCAGGCACGUGGCAGUGGUGGGAAUGCCGGGCAGAUCUACAGCGUGCUGGGUGGGCCCUCUGGUGCCGCGGACCUCCACCUCCUCACCAGCCACCCGCCAGAGGCUCGACUCGGUGGUCUGUGCCCCGGCCUUCAGCGGCCUCCUCAACAUCUGUGAGAGCUACGGCGACUGCAGCACCAACCAGACCACCAUAGCCAUCCCAGCCACCCCGGCCCCCACUGUGCCCCCGGGGUUCUGCCAGCGCUUCCAGCCUUUCGGAAGCAGGACCCCCACCCUCUCCAGACUGAUGACGGAUACACCGGAUACUCCGCUGCCGUCUUCACGAGAGACGCCUUUCAGGGUCACACUGGACCCGGGGGAGGAGAGGAAGAGCAAGAAGAAAAAGAAGAGGAAAGACAAACUUUUAAAGACUGAGGAGGAGGAGGUGGUCAGGGUGAAGCAGGAGCUGCUAGACAUGAGCCCAGAGGAGUCCUAUGAACGUCCUGGGCAGGAAGCUGAACUCUCAGAGRAGAAGAGGAGGAGGAGGAAGAAGACAAAGAAGGAUAAGGACAGAGGAGAGGCAGAGGGUACUGUAGAUUMGUCUUUUAAUGUAAUUAAACAAGAGGUGGAAGUAAAAGUUGAACCAAUGGACAGUUCCUAUGGUGACGUUGAAGAUUCUGGAAAAAAUAAAAAGAUAAAGAAAAACUAGCGUGACGAUGACGAGUCUGUUGUUUUUACCGUCAUCUGGUUUUGUGAAGUUAUGCUAUGAUAUAAUUGUAUUAUUCAAUUAAGCACUUCAACAAAUAAUUAUUAUGCUACUGUACUGUCAUUUGGAUUUUUUKGGGGGAAAUGUUAUUGUCUAAUAAAACCUAGACCGUAACACAUA